AGCGACUUCCUUUUCGCUUGCGUCUGUCAAUUGAAGCGCAACUCGCACGUUAAUUCUCUUCGAGAAAAAUAACUGAAAAACUAUGGAUAAACCAGUUGUUUGGGCUCGCGUCAUGAAGGUUCUUGGCCGCACUGGCUCCCAGGGUCAGUGUACACAGGUCAAGGUUGAAUUCCUUGGCGAACAGAACCGCCAAAUUAUUCGCAACGUUAAGGGACCCGUGCGUGAGGGCGACAUUCUGACGCUGCUGGAAUCUGAACGUGAAGCCAGAAGAUUACGCUAAAAACUAAGAGUGCUACUCGCUUGGGAUUUGUUUAUGAUAAUAUCAGGAUUUGCAUUUUGGAAUUUCGCGACACAGCGGUUAGGUUGGAAUAACAACACCAUCAACAUCAUAAAACUAUCCCGAGAAAUGCAAUGAAAUGAAAUCAACCCAAUUGAAAUGUUGUAAAUAAAUUUCAAGUAUUUCAGUGCUUAAAACGUUAACAACA